AGCAGGACCGCGACGCGCCGAAGCGCAUCCGUGCUGUAUACGAUUACAGCUUCAAGUUCUGGAGGCUUCUCUAACCAUGUGAAACCUCAAACCGGAAUAUCAAUAUCAUGGGCGUUUCAACUCCGGGAGAUCAUCGGCUCGGGUGUAUCAGAGAAGACAUUGAAAAACUUCGACGGUCGACUAUUGGUGUCUUUGAGUCAUAUGUUCGACUCUUUCCAUCCGACAAUUCUCAUUUCACCCAUGUGCAUCACAGCUCGAGCCUUUAAGAAAAGUUAUUUGGGAUUCCCGAAUGACCAAGUAUCCCCUCGAUGAAAAUGUCGUUAUCUCUUCUAAUGGUUUUCGGCCUUGGCGUAGUGCCAACCGUUAUUGCUCAAGCUCAGCCAGUCUGGGGCCAGUGCGGUGGAAUUGGAUGGGUUGGAUCGACUGCUUGCACUUCCGGAACCACCUGUACUACUCUAAAUGCCUAUUUCAGCCAAUGUAUCCCAUCGGGCACAGGUCCCACCUCAUCGACAACAUCCUCCGGUUCUACACCCACUUCCCCAACUGCUUCCGCCAAUUUCUGGUUUAGCUUUGGUGACUCCUACACGGCGACGGCGUUCAACCCAUCUGGGAAACCGCCACAGGUCGGUAAUCCUAUGGGUAAUCCUACAUACCCUGGAGGUACGGUGGACGGUGGGCCUAAUUGGAUAGACUAUAUGACUGUUGAACGCAACAAUUCAUUGGUUCUCACUUGGAACUAUGCGUACGGUGGGGCGACGAUUGACGCGACGUUGGCUCCUCCGUACUCGCCAACAGUUUUGUCGCUGACGGACCAGAUUAACCAAUUUCUCAAUGGCACUGCAAAGAAACCUACUGGAGCCCCCUGGACUAGUCAGAACUCACUCGUCUCGUUCUGGAUUGGUAUCAAUGAUCUCUCGUGGAGUUGGUGGCAGCAGGAAGAUCGCCUCGCAUAUAAUGACAAGCUUCUAGACGCCUACUUCGCCCUUGUUAUGAAGACGUACAACGUCGGUGCUCGAAACUUCCUUUUUAACACUGUUCCACCAUUCGAACGUUCUCCAUACUUCAUUGGCAUCGAUACCAACCACCAAGGUGCUCCGAUAUUGAACGGUGUCAUCGUUGAUUACAACUCGAAACUGAAAACCAGAGUGCGCAACCUAUCUACCAACCUCACAGGGGUGAAAACGUGGAUCUGGGAUUCGAAUUCGACCUUUACUCCCAUUCUCAAUGAUCCCAAGGCAUAUGGUUUCAGGGAUGCGACGACUUACGGGGCUGGAACGGACCUUUUCUGGGGGAAUGACAAUCAGGGUUUGCAUCCGUCCAGUACGGCUCAUAAAUUCCUUGCUCAGGAUGUCGCAAAUGUUUUGGCGGGCACUGUUUGGUGAAGUGAAAGUUAUCAUAAUUAAUAAUUGAGAUUCGUAGGUUCUUGUAGGGAAAGUCGUGGUAGAUGAAAUUACUCCGCCUCUACAUUCGCAG